CUGGCCCUACACGCUGCAUUCAUGUAUGCGGCUACAAAUGACAGCUACAAAUUUCCAUUGUUCUCGAUCUGUCAGCUCGUCGCCGCUCGUAACCCGAUGUAUGCGGGUUACGAGCGGCGACAAGUGACGUAUCUUCCACCUGCUAUGUUUACAUUACUGUUUCAAGUGUUGAAGGGAGGGAUGAUCAUCGAAUUCAAUUUUUAAAUUUGAGUAAAAUAAAAUUAAAAAUUACGUGCUUAUUUAAGCUACUGAUAAAAUAAAUACAAAUUAUUAAAAAUAUAUUUAUGUAAUGUUUUAUUUGAGGGCAAUAAUAAUAUUGAGAAUAAAAUGAGGCUUAAAUAAACGUAUACGAAAACAAAAAUGUUGGAUACAUUAUGUGGGGAUGUGUUGGUAUUGUGUUUGGAGAUUCCUUGGAAGUUUUCAGGCGGACAUUUUCGAUUAGCAGUCAACCACGCCAGCACUUAACAAUGGAAGGAGCUAAAACCGCCCAAAAAUCGAAUAAAAAUCCUAUUCAAGAUGAGGAAAAAGUCAUCGAAUUGAUCAAUUUGGUAAAAACUUAUCCGUGCAUCUGGUUAGAUACUGAUCGCCAGUAUAAAAACAACGAAAUAAGGCAUCAAGCCUGGCAACAGAUAGCAUCCGUGCUGGAGGAGGAUCCACAGUGCGUUCAUGCUAAAUGGAGGAAUUUAAUGAAUUCCUACCGGCGGACUAAAAAGGAGAUCGCUUUGAGUCAGACAACAGGUUCCGGUUCCAGCGAGCUAUUGAAGGAGGUUUGGUAUGCCUACGAGCAUAUGUCGUUUCUACAUGAAACGACAGCUCCACGUCGUACAAUCAAUACUGCAAAUCUUGAAGGAACUUCUCGGGAACCUGUUGUUAUCUCGAUCGCUCCUGCAACCACCGCUUCAUGCAGUUCAACUGCCUCAACAACAGCCACGACAACUGCCACAACAUCCUCCACUGGCUCCUCUAGUGGCAUGCUAGAGGGUCGCACAGCGUCCAAAGGACGCAAAAGAAAGUUUAGCGAAACGACUCGAUCAAGUCAGAUUAGCGAAUGCUUGACAGCCAUUCAAAGCAUUGCUAAUACUGCUACUGCUGCUGCACCUUGUUCAAGAGCCAGGGCUCUGGGCAACUUUGUAGAGGCACAAGUUGCCACCUUCGAAGACAAACACCCAGAGUUCUGUGCUAAACUUAUCAGGUCCAUAACGACGGUCAUGAAUGAUCAAAUUGAUCAAUUUUAUGCGGACCAACAUGCCUCCUCGAUGCAUGAUCAUGCAUAUCUGUAGGUUUAAAAUUUAAGUGUUAACAUAGUUUAAGUUUUUGUUGGAAUUUAAGAAUUUUAUGAAUAAGUGAAUUAUGUAUUGUUAUGUAUUAUAUAUUGUUAAGAUAGUUUAAGUGUUUUUGGAAUUAAUGAAUUUUAUGAAUUACUGAA